AUGGCCACCGAAAGUUAUCAGUUCGUUCCAAUAUCGCAGAAGAUCUUUGAAAAACUAUCAACCGGAAUAAUUUUCAUACUCUACACUCAAGCACCUUUUAGUGCACUUGCAUACCUUGUAUGGUUGUACUACGACAAAGACACGCCCGAUCUCGGAGGACGUACUAUUCCUUGGAUCCAAAAUAACAAAAUCUGGUACUACCCCAAAAGUUAUUUUCCGUCAAAACUGGCCUUAGCACCUGGAUUUAACCUAGACCCAAAACGCAACUACCUUUUCUGUUUUUUCCCACAUGGAAUUAUACCAAAUGCCGUCUAUAUUGGCCUCACGAGUGGUGUGAGCGAUUUUCAGCACUUGUAUCCUCAAUUCCAAGUACAACUAGUUAUUUUGCGCAUUCUUCUCUUCACUCCCUUCUGGAGGGAGGUCAUUAUGGGGAUGGGGUUAACAUCGAGUACAGCCAAAUCGCUUAAUUAUAUACUGAGUAGACCAGAAGGUGGCAGGAUAGUGGUUCUAAGUCCUGGAGGAGCAAUGGAAGCGUAUUAUGGUCGUCCUCAGAAGUAUACCUUUCUGAUAAAAGAGCGAAAGGGGUUUAUUAAGAUGGCUUUAAGACAUGGAUCCCCGUUAGUACCGGUUAUAGCGUUCGGUGAACCAGACCUUUUUGAACAAGUUAUAUCCGAAAAAUUAAGACCUAUUCAAGAGUUUAUAAGGAAGUAUGUCGGGAUUGCACCUGUCAUUUUUUAUGGAACGGGGUUCCUUUUUCGUUAUGGGUUGGUUCCAAGAAAGGUACCGCUGACGUGUGCUUUGGGGAAGCCAAUUGAGGUUGAAAAGGUAGAGAGUCCAACGAACGAAGAAAUUGACAGCCUGCAUGCGAAAUUUGUCCAAGAACUGAAGGAUUUGUUUGAUUUACACAAGGACAAGUUUUUGGAAAAACCGGAUGACGACUCUUUGGUAAUAAUGUAA